AUGGUCUCCGUUCCCAAUGGCACUGCCCCCAAGGGCACCUUCCUCUUCACCUCCGAGUCGGUCGGUGAGGGUCACCCCGACAAGAUUGCCGACCAGGUUUCGGACGCCAUUCUCGAUGCCUGCCUUGCCGAGGACCCGCUCUCCAAGGUUGCCUGCGAGACCGCCACCAAGACUGGUAUGAUCAUGGUCUUCGGUGAGAUUACCACCAAGGCCCACCUCGACUACCAGAAGAUCAUCCGUGGCGCCAUCAAGGACAUCGGCUACGAUGACUCCGCCAAGGGUUUUGACUACAAGACCUGCAACGUCCUUGUCGCCAUUGAGCAGCAGUCCCCCGAUAUCGCUCAGGGUCUCCACUACGAGCAGGCUCUUGAGCAGCUCGGCGCUGGUGACCAGGGUAUCAUGUUCGGUUAUGCCACCGACGAGACCCCCGAGAUGCUUCCCCUCACUGUCCUUCUGUCGCACAAGCUCAACUCCGCCAUGAAGGAGGCCCGCAACAGCGGCGAGCUUCCCUGGCUCCGUCCCGACACCAAGACCCAGGUCACCGUCGAGUACGAGCACGACGGCGGUGCCGUUAUCCCCAAGCGCGUCGACACCGUUGUCGUCUCCGCUCAGCACUCCGAGGACAUCACCACCGAGGAGCUCCGCAAGGAGAUCAAGGAGAAGAUCAUCAAGAAGGUCAUUCCCGCUCACCUUCUCGAUGACAAGACCGUCUACCACAUCCAGCCCUCUGGCCUCUUCAUCAUCGGUGGUCCCCAGGGUGACGCCGGUCUGACUGGCCGUAAGAUCAUCGUCGACACCUACGGUGGCUGGGGUGCCCACGGUGGUGGUGCCUUCUCCGGCAAGGACUACUCCAAGGUCGACCGCUCGGCCGCCUACCUGGCCCGCUGGAUCGCCAAGUCCCUCCUCAAGGCCGGCCUCGCCCGCCGUGCCCUCGUCCAGCUCUCGUACGCCAUUGGUGUCGCUGAGCCCCUCUCCCUGUUCGUUGAGACCUACGGCACCUCUGACAAGACCUCGGAUGAGCUCGUCGAGAUCAUCCGCAACAACUUCGACAUGAGGCCCGGUGUCAUCGUCAAGGAGCUCAACCUUACCAACCCCAUCUACAACCGCACCGCCAAGAACGGUCACUUCACCGACCAGACCUUCACCUGGGAGCAGCCCAAGGAGCUCAAGUUCUAA